AUACAUAUUAGGAAUUGAGAUCAUGUUUGGUACAAGAUCUUUUCGAGGUUUUGAAUGUUUCGGAUUCUAUCGGAUAUCCAUUUAGAUUCGGGUUCGGUUUGGAUAAUACCCAUAACCCGAAAUACCACAAAACAAGAUCCAUUCGAUAUUUACGUCGGGUUUGGAUCAGUUCGGAUUCAUUUUUAUCGGAUCGGAUUCGGUUUGGGUUUUUGGGUUCGGUUUAUUUGUCCAGCCCUUGUUUAGCCUAAGCCCAUUAUCUUAAAAGUUCAUUUGCGGGUCCAGUGCCGACAUAAGCCAAAGUCAACACGUUUUAGAAGAGAGACCCUCAAGGUUCAUUAUGUAACAAGGAGUGAAGACAUAUAAUUGGAGCCACCAAGUUGUAUUUGUCUCUCAACUUGUCACCACUUAUUAUUUUUUUCUUUAUUUUUUUUUGCAUUUCCAUAUUUCUCCUUCCAUUGAAUCUCACCACUCUCUCUCUCUUUAUCUUCUUUGUUCCCUGAUGCACAAGAAAACAAAUCAUCACUUUUAUCAUUCAUCCAAAAGAAAUCACCCUACCUAAUUGAUUGAGCCAAAUACAGAUAAGCCCAAGUUCACCUUCAUAUAAAUCCAAAACCCAUUACUCACUAGAAAAGACAACAUUACACAUAUAGUAGUGUAAUGAUCUCCAUGAACUUGUACCAAUUCUCGACCUUCCUGAUGACGUAUAUGCACAAAAAAGGAGAUGUUUAUGGUUUCCUAUUAAAAAUGAAAAAAAAUAAGAAUCUGUUAACAUGAUGACUCUUUUCAUAUAAUAAUAGUUUAAUCUAAAAAGCAAAAAAUGCAACUAGUCAUACACCUUUCACAAAUACCUUUCAAGCUCUGAUGUGGCAACUCAAAAAAGCAAAUGAGAAUUCUUUAUUUGAAUGAAGUAUCUAACCAUUCAUUUAAUGUUUAUGUAUAUGAACACAAGCCGGUAGUUUCCAAAACCGUUUUCAAAUAGAAGAGAAGAAACAAUGACCUUUUAAAAUAAAGACCAGGUUAUCUUCAUGUGUAUAUAAAAACACGCUUUGCAUGCUUGCUUACUAUAAGUAGGAAGACAAGGUGAGAUCCUAAAGUACCAAAACAGAUUCUAGCAAAAAGCAAUGGAGGAAACAAAUAAAAAUGUGCUUGGUGAUUGCUUUACUAGUGCUAUGGCACUCACUGAGUCAGGUGUCCCUCACGUGCCUACCCGUUACAUUCUUCCGCCUUCACAACGACCAGUUCUCAGUCCAAGCAUUGGCACUGGUAGCAUCAAUCUUCCUGUCAUUGAUCUCUCCUUCUUACAUGAUCCUCUGCUUCGACCCAGUGUCAUCCAUGAGAUUGAAAUGGCUUGCAAGGAGUUUGGUUUCUUUCAGGUUACAAACCAUGGAAUAUCAUCUCCAGUGGUGAAAGAUGCACUUCAUGCAGCUACAAGGUUCUUUGACUUACCAGCCGAUGAGAAGAUGCUUCUGGUUUCCGAUGAUGUUCACACGCCAGUAAGAUAUGGCACCAGCAUAAACCAUUCAACAGACAGUGUUCAUUACUGGAGAGACUUCAUCAAACAUUACUCCCAUCCUCUCUCAAAGUGGAUUGAUCUCUGGCCAUCCAACCCUCCAUGCUACAAGGAAAAAGUGGGGAGAUACGCAGAAGCAACGCAUGUGCUACACAAGCAACUAAUGGAAGCUAUCUCAGAAAGUCUAGGCCUCGAGAAAAGUUACUUACAGGAAGAGAUCGAAGAAGGGUCACAAGUCAUGGCCGUGAACUGCUACCCAGCGUGUCCAGAACCCGAGAUAGCCUUGGGAAUGCCACCACACUCUGACUUUAGCUCACUGACCAUCUUACUCCAAAGCAGCCAGGGGCUUCAGAUAAAAGACAAAAACAACAACUGGGUCUGCGUGCCGUACAUAGAAGGAGCUCUGAUAGUGCAGCUUGGAGAUCAAGUAGAAGUGAUGAGCAAUGGCGUAUACAAGAGCGUGGUUCAUCGAGUAACAGUGAACAAAGAUGUCAACCGCCUCUCUUUCGCGAGCCUUCACAGCUUGCCAAUGAACAAGAAGAUAAGUCCAGCACCUCAGCUCGUGAAUGAAGAUAAACCAGCUGCUUAUGGAGAUUUCAGCUUUAACGAUUUUCUUGAGUAUAUCUCAAGAAACGAUCUCACAAAGCAGAGAUUCAUUGAUACAGUCAAGAAGAACAAGUUCUGAAGAUAGGUGUUGUGUUGGAUUACGUGGAACCUAAGUAAGUUGCCAAAAAUGUAUUAAUUAGUAUAUGUAUUGUUAUGAAACCACUAGAAUUAUUACAGAAGAGAUUGUAUGCAAGUGAAAUGUACUCUGUCUAUAUGUUACAUAAUAAGCAUAAUUACUUGUCAUAA